AUGAAUUCUAAAAUUUUAAGAUAUUUAAUAUCUAAUUGCUUUGCUAAAAAUCAUCAUUUGUCAUUAGCAUAAUAAGAUCCUUAGAUCUUUGAUUUAAUUUAAAAAGCAUAAAGUCAUAAAUGCAUAGAUUUUAUAGAAACACCUACAUCUUUAGCAGUAUAAUAAUCUUUGGGGUCUAUGAUGUCAACAAAAUAUGCAUCUGGUUAUCCGGGGAAGAAAAAUAAACCAGGAACAGAAAUAUAUGAUAAAAUAGAAUAAACAUGUUGGGAAAGAGCUCAAUCAUUAUUUAAAUUAAAUAAUUUUAAUGUGAAUGUAUAAUUGCAAACUGUACCUGCAGCUAAAUUUAUUGUAAGCAAAGCUAUUGUUAAACCUGGAGGUACUAUUUUAAGUAGAGGCAAUAUGGAUACAAAAGCGUUAGAAAAGUAUUAUAAUAUAAUUUAGAAUGAUAAUUAUCAUGGUUAAAUUGAUAUGAUUAUUGAUUCUAAAUUAGAUCGAUUAGAUACACUUUGGUAAGAAUACAAAAAUAUACCAAUCCUUUUGGAUAUAACAGAAAAGGCUCCAUUUUAUGUAACUAAUCUACUUCAUGUUGAAUCUUAAUUAUUAUAAAAAUAUCAAUUUAUUGUUGUUAAUACUUAAAGGUAAUUUUAAUAUGUAUAUUUAUCUUAGUUUACUUGGUCCAAAAGGUUGUAUAUUAUUUUCAGAUAAGAAGUUUUCAGAAGAAGUUGAUGAAGCAUGUUAUCCAGGAUAUUAAUCUGGCCCUCAUUUUCAUACAAUUACAGGAAUCACUGUAUCUUUAGGAGAAAUCUAAAAUUAAGAAUAUUAAACCUUUUUUUAAUAAGUUAAAAGUAAUUGUGCAGCUUUAAAAAGAUAAUUAAAAUUAAAAGGUAUCUUUACUUAUAAUUUAAUUAGAAUUUCCUUUAAUUGAAACAUCAGGUACAUUUGUUAGUAUAGAAGCAAACGAGCAAGAUUCUAAUAAAUUAGAAAACUCAUAAAUAUAUGCUCGUUUUAGAGAAUCUAGAAUAGAUUUUAAGUAAUAUAUUUUUGAUUAUUAAUUUUUAGUUUAAUUCCUUUAACUUAUAAAGGUGUAAAGUAAGAUGCUAUUCCUAAAUUAGCAGAGUGUUUAGGGCUUGCAUUAUAUCAUUCAAGACAUGGCAAANUUAAUAUGAAUUCUAAAAUUUUAAGAUAUUUAAUAUCUAAUUGCUUUGCUAAAAAUCAUCAUUUGUCAUUAGCAUAAUAAGAUCCUUAGAUCUUUGAUUUAAUUUAAAAAGCAUAAAGUCAUAAAUGCAUAGAUUUUAUAGAAACACCUACAUCUUUAGCAGUAUAAUAAUCUUUGGGGUCUAUGAUGUCAACAAAAUAUGCAUCUGGUUAUCCGGGGAAGAAAAAUAAACCAGGAACAGAAAUAUAUGAUAAAAUAGAAUAAACAUGUUGGGAAAGAGCUCAAUCAUUAUUUAAAUUAAAUAAUUUUAAUGUGAAUGUAUAAUUGCAAACUGUACCUGCAGCUAAAUUUAUUGUAAGCAAAGCUAUUGUUAAACCUGGAGGUACUAUUUUAAGUAGAGGCAAUAUGGAUACAAAAGCGUUAGAAAAGUAUUAUAAUAUAAUUUAGAAUGAUAAUUAUCAUGGUUAAAUUGAUAUGAUUAUUGAUUCUAAAUUAGAUCGAUUAGAUACACUUUGGUAAGAAUACAAAAAUAUACCAAUCCUUUUGGAUAUAACAGAAAAGGCUCCAUUUUAUGUAACUAAUCUACUUCAUGUUGAAUCUUAAUUAUUAUAAAAAUAUCAAUUUAUUGUUGUUAAUACUUAAAGGUAAUUUUAAUAUGUAUAUUUAUCUUAGUUUACUUGGUCCAAAAGGUUGUAUAUUAUUUUCAGAUAAGAAGUUUUCAGAAGAAGUUGAUGAAGCAUGUUAUCCAGGAUAUUAAUCUGGCCCUCAUUUUCAUACAAUUACAGGAAUCACUGUAUCUUUAGGAGAAAUCUAAAAUUAAGAAUAUUAAACCUUUUUUUAAUAAGUUAAAAGUAAUUGUGCAGCUUUAAAAAGAUAAUUAAAAUUAAAAGGUAUCUUUACUUAUAAUUUAAUUAGAAUUUCCUUUAAUUGAAACAUCAGGUACAUUUGUUAGUAUAGAAGCAAACGAGCAAGAUUCUAAUAAAUUAGAAAACUCAUAAAUAUAUGCUCGUUUUAGAGAAUCUAGAAUAGAUUUUAAGUAAUAUAUUUUUGAUUAUUAAUUUUUAGUUUAAUUCCUUUAACUUAUAAAGGUGUAAAGUAAGAUGCUAUUCCUAAAUUAGCAGAGUGUUUAGGGCUUGCAUUAUAUCAUUCAAGACAUGGCAAAUAUUUAUAAGAUGAAAAUAAUUUAUUAUGGAAAAAAGAAUUAGAAGUAACAAUGAAUGAAUUUUAUUCUAUGAUCUGA